AUGAAUAAAUCUAAUGUCGCUCUUCGCAAUAGCAAGAUCCGGCACAAGAAAUGCGACGAGGCGAAACCAUUCUGCCAGCGCUGCCGGGACAAUGGGUACAAAUGCGAUGGCUACGAACAGCCUCAAGAACCACGGUGUCCAAAGAAGAGGCCACAGCCAACGCCGACGUCACAGGCCGUGAUUGCCUCAAGACAAGGCGUGGAACUGGUCCAUGCGUUUAACAACCUCGGAAGUGUGCACGGCAGCCCACCGGAAAAAUCCCUUUUUCUUCACGCCAACCACUGCACCAUCAAGGACCUGAUCGGCUUCUCUACUUCUCUGUCCGGUUUCUGGCGAGACUAUGUCUUGCCGAUUGGCCAUACAAUAACCCCAGUCAGGCAUGCUUUGAUCUCUCUGGGCGCCUCACACAAGUCGUUCCUGUUGAGGCGCUCCCCCGGCAUGCCGCCCACAGAGACGCUGAGCUAUGACAACCUCGCCAUCCAGCAAUACAACAAGGCAAUAACUGACCUGACCCCGAUCAUGAGCAAUCCUUCUCCACUUGACAUCCAAGCAAUCCUCAUCUGCUGCCUGAUCUUUGUCUGCAUAGACAAUCUGAAUGGGCGUCACGCCGUGGCCAUGAGGCACCUGCGGGCUGGAGCCGACCUCCUGACCUCGAUGCAAGACCCGUCGCCCUCGCCCGUCUCCCCUGUUGAGGAAGCAACCACGCCCGGCCAGCUCACGACGAGGACGAAGUGCGACAUCAGUACCCUAGGCGGCAUCUCAGACAUGUUCGAACGCCUCAGCCUCGAUGCUUCCAUCCUUAUGGAGGACCCGCCUGUCCACCGCCAAAGCUUUCGCACCUUCACCGCUGACGACGCCGAGCGGCCUUUCCUGACCUCUUCUGCAGCUCGCGAUGAGCUGCGCAGAAUCGACGUGGAGUUCCACGAGCUGUGGUGCCCAUCCGACAGUGACAGCUGCUGCACGGGAUCGCCGGAUAGCAAGUGCGGGCAGGUUGGCGAAAAGCCAUGCGCAGAGAUAGGGCCGGACGAUCCCGGGUUCCGGAGGAUCUGUGAUCGGUUCGACAGCUGGCUUAGGCGGUUCGACCAAUACCUGGAGAGCAUCAACCACACACCAGCCUCCGACGGCGAGUUCAACGAGGCGAUGGUGUUGACACUUCACCGGCAGAUAUGGCUGGCCUUGCUGAAGCAGGGCCCGUGCUGCGAUACCCCCCUUGAUCGGAAGGACUUCGAAGACAUACUGCAUCAGGCCGACCUCGUGAUCCCGAUCGUCAGCACCGGCACUCAACCGGUGUUCACGUUCGAGGCGGACACGAUCCCUCCCGUAUCGUUUGUGGCUUCGUUUUGCGAUGAUGACGAUCUCAGAUGGAGAGCCAUUGCCAUGUUGAGGACGAUCAACCGGACCGAAGGUGCAUGGGACAGCCAGAGGAUGGCCGACUUGUGCGAGACAGAACUCGUAACUGGGAUGUGCACGGGGGAGAACUCGCCAUCCGGAGUCAUGGACUGCCAGGGUCUUUGUGAAAAGGAGCGAGAGCGAUGCAGAAGUGAUUGUCCCGAAUAG